UCAAGUAAACAUAUCUCGGCGAAAAUGAAGCCCUUAGCUAAGUUUUUCUUUAUUUUUGUGGGGUUUCUGGUAGCUGAAAUUUUAGCACAGGAUGUCAUCCCUGAGGUACCAGUCGACUAUCCGCCGACCACUACAACAGAGGCAACUACAACAACCACCACUACAACAACAGAGAAACCAACAACUACAGAGUCCCCUACAACAACAACAACAGAGAACCCAACUACCACAGAAUUCCCCACAACAACAACAUCAACAACACAGCCAAGUACAACUUCAACAACAGAAUCCACAACAACAAAGCAAACAACAACCACAACUACACAACCCACCACAACUUCUACAACACAAAGGGCACCAAUAUUACCAACCACCCAACCUCCCCAUUUGCAACCCACUUCCUCAAGCAAGAAGCCUGGGAUUUUAAUGGAACCUUUGGAAAGGUGCUAUUUGAGAAACCAGUUGGAGCUUAGUACUUGCUGGCCAUCCCCUCAGACUUUCAACUGUUAUCGCUGCUGCUACUAUUACGACAAGCAUAUCACCGAAUGUAGGAAGGUUCACCAGGGACGUUGUUUACGGUAUGAUUAUGGGCAGCUGAAAGUACACGUUCAUUGGAAAAAAGUUUAAAAAAUUAAAACAAAAUAAAAACGAAAUAAAAAAUGUACCUUA